GUGGUUUCCUAGUCCUAGCCACUACAAUGGAAGAAUCCUCAUUUACGAUCCCUGCCGACGACAAUGGCGAUACUGAGCUCGAUCCUAGAAUACAGGUCAGUGAGUGACAUUAUAAUGUACUGAGUAACUGUAAUCGUAUUUCUUUGUAACAGCAAAGAUGAGUGUCAACUUUGUAGAUUAUUUCGCCAACGAGCACAAUGGAUACGAUAUUUUAUAUCAAAACAUGAAAUACGGAUUGAUAGCGAGCAAAGAGCUCUCGGAGUACCUAAGAGAGAGGUCCAAUAUAGAGGAAUCUAACUCGAAAUUACUAGCCAAACUAGCGAAACAGGCUAACGGGAACUGCGCGCAGGGCACCUUCGCGCCUUUCUGGGGCGUGUUGAAGUGUUCCGCCGAAAAAUUGUCCAAUUUACACCAGCAUAUGUUCCAGAAAGUCAGUGAACUGGUGAAAGAUGUUGCCCGGUAUGCUGAUGAUUUGCACAAAAAACACAAAGCUGUAAAAGACUCUGAAUCUAGCACUUUAGAGGUGGUAAUUGUUAUACAAAACACGAAACAGGCAUUACAGAAGGCCACUGAUGUGUACACAAGUAAAUGUGCAGAACUGGAAAAGCUACGCAAAGACAAUGCUUCAAGUAAAGAUAUAGAGAAAGCUGAAGCCAAACUGAAGAAGUUGCAUGAGGACCACAGACUGUUAUUAGAAAAAUACAAUCUUGUAAAACAAGACUUUGAGAAAAAGAUGACCCAGACUUGCAAACACUUCCAAGAUGUGGAGGAGGCACACUUGAAACAGAUGAAACAGUUUGUCAACACUUACACAGAUAUUAUUCAGAACAAUCAUGAUCUUAUGGGACAGGUGCACAGAGAUUUCAAGCACCAAUGUCUUGAGCUGACAGUUGAGAAACUGCUAGAGCAGUUUCUGAUGGAGAAAUACACAGCAAUGGAGAAAGCAAACCUUGUUGAACUGCCGUCUUUACCUAAACCUAGUUCAGCAAACAACUCAAUAUCAGAAGCUGAUCAAAUUUCAACAGUUUCAAAUGGCUCUCAUAAGCCAGCACAACCGGCUAAAACAGCUAAGAAAGAGCAGUCAUUUGCAAGUAAAACAUUAAGAUCAACCAGGACAACUUCACUUUUGAAUCUAUUUACACCAAAUUUCCAAAGCAAAGAUGAGCCAAGCGGUAGUGUUGAUGGUCCAGCACCUUGCUCUGCACCUUCAAGUCCAAGUGGUACACCAGCAACACCAGUAGCUCCAGACAAAGAUGAUAAUAUGAACAGAACUACUCUACGAGAAUCAAAGUGGUUCAUGAGGAGCAGAAGAACUAAAUCUAAACCAAAAAAAUCCAAAAAGAAAAAGGAUGAAAUAUCAGAAAACUCAAAUCCUGGUGAAAAGUCUGAUUUGGAAGAGAAAGAGGAAGAAGCCCCAGUUAAAGAGGACAUGAAUUCUCCUGAGGUGGAUGAAGAAGGUUAUUGCAUCAGACCUAAAGAUGAGAAAGGUAGUGCAUACUCAACAUCUGACUCCGAAUCUGAGGAGGAAAGGGAACAAAAAAUUCAUGUAGAGAUCAAACCCCUGAGUAAUGGCAAUGCCCCAAUGUCAGCAAGUGUAGAUGAGCUAAGGGCAACUGUGGAAAACAUCUCCCUGUACAAAAUAGGGACCAAUAGACGAGGUUCCAAUACCAACGCGAGCAAAGCUAGUAAUGAUCUAUUAGAUCUGAAUUUCUUUGCAAGUCCAUCUGCUAGCAACCCCACUUCGCCACACGGCAAUGUCUCGAAUCCGUAUGCUCCAUUACAAGCAAACCAAUCACAUUUACUUGAAAGUCCUACUCCCGUAUCUACUGCCGAUGUAGGUGAUCUAUUUUCUGAAGUAGGUGAGAUGAGCCAAUCAAAUGUACGUACAUCGACACCUACAAUUUCGUCCAUUUCGCUACCGCGACCGCCGUCACGACGCUCCGAAGGAGAUUUCCGUACAGCAGGUUCUUCAGGGUCACGAGGACCUUCUCCCCUUACCAUAGGGAUGGCUGACACCAUACCUUUAGCAGUGGCUUUUCACGAGAUCAUACACUCGUAUUUCCGCGGCACUGAAGAAUCAAAAUGCCAAGUAAAGAUGUCGGGCGACAUGAUGGUUUCCUUCCCUACUGGCAUAGUAGGCGUUCUCGCGAACAAUCCUAACCCCGCAAAACUCUGUUUCAGACUGAAAAACAUUCACAGGUUAGACAAUAUUCUACCCAAUAAACAGUUGAUUAGCUUCAACACGAUGUUGUCAACUCGCGAUGUCACCGUCGUGGAUUUCAAUAUGCCAGCGCUCACAUCCCUUCUAAAGAGACAAUCAGAGAAGAAUCCCACAGCUCAAUAUUUCAAUGUUGACAUAUUAAAAUACCAGAUAAGACCAAAACCUGGCGCCGGGUCGUGCCCCUACCAAUUGGUUGCUUACUGGAAAUGUGAGAAAGAUCACACUGAUUUGAAGGUGGAUUAUAAGUACAAUCUUCACGCUAUGAGUCCAUCAUCGCCGUUGCUCAAUGUGUCCGUCUGCGUGCCUGUUAGUGGAGGCGUUAAGAAUGUUAUAGCGAUGCCUAAAAAUACAUGGAAUACUGAAAAUGAACAGGCUUUGUGGAGAUUUACAGAACUGUCUCAGCAUUCAGAGGAUAGGGGUGUGGGAUCGUUGCGGGCGCGUUUUGAGUUGGAGAGCGGACCGUCGGACAAGGCUACGCUCUCUGCUCAAUUUAAUUGCGAAGGGGCAACUUUGUCAGGCAUCGAAUUCGAGUUGAUUGGAAGCGGCUAUCGUCUCUCGUUGGUAAAACGCCGCUUCGUUUCCGGCAAAUAUAUUUGUGAUAGUGAAAUGCACUGAUUGGUCCAAACCCUUAUGAAUCACAUUUCUGUAGUUAACACGUGUGUACGAGACAUUGGAUUUGUAUAAUAUAGCUAUGAUUGAGGUGUAUAUGUUUGGUACCUUAUAGGACUGUUUCCUGUCCACAAAAUUAUGUUACAUUUUAUAUCACAAUCUAAGUUUUGUCAAUUUUAAUGUUUAGUUAGUUAGUUGUUUACCUGGACACAAAUUAGUACUUGAUUCCCUGUUAGAGGCAUGUUAUCUGUGUGUACUAAUCUAUAUAGAUGUUUGACAAAGUUAAUAUUUUAACAUAUGUUUUAGUUUCAAGUUUCAACCAUUGCCUGAUAACUUUUCUUUUUAUUCCAUAAUGUGACUUUGUCAAACUAUCAUUUUAAUUUAGCAUUUCUAAACCAAUGAUAACUCAAUUUUCCACAGAUGAGAUGCGUCUGAUCUUUCAAGCACUAAUUACGGCGAUUUUUUUAUUAUAAUAAUGAUUACUCACUGAUAUACUAACUUAUUUUCAUAAUAUAAAUUAUGUGCCA